UACUUCACUUGAACAUCACUGUUGUUGUCAACGUCGUUGCAACCGUCGACGUUAAUACUGCUUCGUUAAUACUUUCAUUUUUCUGAUAUAUAUAUAAAACUGCUUUUCUUUGCACGUUUUCGGACGUUCAUAUCACUACACGUAUAAAGUGACGUUAAUGAUAUAAUUCAGUUUUAAAAGGCUGCCAAAUUUAACAUCAAAAUUUUAAAUGAGAGCCCGCAUAAAAAAAUCUGAGAGCCUGAUAAAUGAACCCCAAAGCAUUGCAAGCCAUCCAGAUCUUGUGUCUGACACUAAAUUUCAAACUGAGUCACCCCUACUGAGGGACAGAACCCAGAAUUUAGAUAAUGAUUCAUACAUCUCCAGCAAUAUCAUGAUGUUACUUCAAGUAUUAGGCAGCUUAUUGCUAUCUUUACUGGCAUUAUACGUUGUAGAUGCCAACCAGAGCUUUCGCCGAGUCUGCUAUUACACCAACUGGAGUCAGUACAGAGAAGUACCAGCCAAGUUUCUGCCUGAAAAUAUUGAUCCUCAAUUAUGUACCCACAUCAUUUAUGCAUUCGCUACCCUGGAGGGCAACUACCUUAAACCUUUUGAGUGGAAUGAUGAUUCAACACCAUGGAUGGUUGGCAUGUAUGCAAAAGUGGUUGCUAUGAAGCAGAAGAACCCCAAGCUGGUUGUACUUUUGUCUGUUGGAGGCUGGAAUAUGGGUUCUGCACUGUUCACUCAAAUGGCAUCAACCCCAGAAAACAGAAAACAGUUCUACACCAAUGCCACAGACUUCCUCCGAACCAGAGGUUUUGAUGGUCUAGAUAUGGACUGGGAAUAUCCAGCUAGCAGGGGCAGUCCACCUGAAGACAAGGAAAAGUUUACCAGUCUGAUGCAGUUAUUUUUACACAGAAUGAUAUACAAGACAAGUGGUAAGUUCUGUGACAGACAGUGGACUGUACCUCUUGCACAAUAUUUCUAUACUGUGUGUGUGUGUGUGUGUGAGUGUAUGGUUAUAUAUUCUAAAGUAUUUCCACUGAAGUUUCUCUUUUUAAUUUACAGUGUUGUAGAUUUCUUCAAUCUGAUGUCAUAUGACUACCAUGGUGGUUCAUUUGAUAAAGUGCUUGGUCAUAACUGUCCCCUGUACUCUCUGAGCGAUGAAGAAGGAUUAGCAAAAACAUUUAAUAUGAACUGGAGUGCUAACUACUGGGUACUAAAUGGUUUGCCCAAAGAAAAGUUGAACAUUGGUAUUCCAGUAUAUGGACGAGGAUUUAAAUUGACUAAUAAAACUUGCAUUGCUCCAGGAUGUCCUUCAUCUGGACCCAAUGCAGCUGGUAGAUACACCAGAUUAGAAGGGUUUUUGUCAUACUAUGAGAUUUGCCAAAUGAUUAAGAGUGGAGCCAAAACAUAUUGGAUUGAGGAACAAAAGGUGCCAUAUUUAGUCAUGGACGACCAAUGGAUUGGUUAUGAUGAUGCCCAGAGUUUAACAAUCAAAGCUCAGUGGUUGAAAGAAAAUGCAUUUGGUGGCUUUGCAGUAUGGGACAUGGCACUCGAUGACUUUGAUAACCAGUGUGGAAAUGGUACUUACUACUUAAUAAAUACCUUAACACAUGCUCUGCAAUAAAAGGCAGCAAAGCUGACAAUAGCAGAAAUAUUUGGAAAAACUUUUACUCCAAGUUCAGUAUUAAGAAUAUAAAAUGAAACAAAAUAUAUAAAAUGAAACAAAAUAUAUAAAACUGUAUUUAAAUUUGAUAUAAUUUGAAAUAAAUACGAGGAAAAUAAACAUUUACAGGUAGGCUGUAAAAACAUUA